AUGUUUCGAAAAUCCUUCAAUGAUACAUUCCAUCCGUUUCAAGAUCUUUGCAUUGAUGAAAGACUUAUAUUGUACAAAGGCCGCUUGUCAUUCAAGCAGUAUAUUCCUUCAAAAAGGAAUAAACAGGUUAUGUGCAAGACAUUAUAGUUUAUUGCGGACGUUCAACAACUAUUGAAAGUGCAGCCACGGGGAUUGGAAAGUCGGGUGCGAUAGUUUUGUCGCUUUUACGACCGUUCUUAGGAAAAGGUCGCACAAUCUAUCUAGAUAAUUUUUAUUCGAGUCCAGGAUUAUUUAAUUUGUUGCAUAAUAAUAGUACCAAUGCGUGCGGGACUGUUAGUAAAAGACGGCAAGGAAUGCCGAAGUUUGAGGAACGUCUGAAAAAAGGAGAGGCAUGUUUUCGCUCAUCAAACAGUUUGUUAGCGAUGAAGUGGUUAGACAAAAAAGAAGUAUAUAUGAUUACAACUAUGCAUACGGCAGAUUUUGCAGCCGUGUCUAGAUAUAGAGGACUACAGAGUGUUGCUAAGCCC